UGCUUGCAUUUUGCUGCAAAGCAAAACGUCAGCUUGCAUUUUGCUGCAAAGAGGACACCGACCUAUUGCACUAUUUGGAGGCCGAAAGAGGGAAUCCUGUAAGAGCAGCAACUACUACAACAACAUUUCAGCGCCAUGGAAAAACUGCUAAAAGCCGAACUGAAAACCACCGUUUUGAAGGCAUUUGGGAGAUCGGGAGGAGGGUGCAUAAGCCAAGGGCAGAGCUAUGAAACUGACCACGGCCGAGUGUUUGUUAAAAUCAACAGCAAGCCUCAGGCUAGGACAAUGUUUGAGGGUGAAAUGGCAAGUUUAAGAGCUAUUCAGGACACCAACACUAUCCGGGUUCCACUGCCAAUUAAAGUGAUGGAUCUCCCUGGAGGUGGAGCAGCAUUUGCCAUGGAGUACUUAAAAAUGAAGAGUCUCAGCAAAUACUCUGCAAAACUUGGAGAGCAAGUAGCAGAUCUUCAUCUUUACAACCAUAAACUUGGGGAAAAAUUAAAGAAAGAAGAGAACACAGUUGGGAAAGGAGCAGGCCAGACUGACUCUCACUAUGUGGAUAAGUUUGGAUUCCAUACUGUUACUUGCUGUGGCUAUAUAGCUCAGGUGAAUGAAUGGCAAAGUGACUGGCCCACUUUCUUUAUACGACACCGGCUGCAAGCCCAAAUGGACUUGAUUGAGAGAGAUUUUGGAGACAGAGAAGCAAGAGAGUUGUGGUCCCAGCUAAAGCCAAAGAUUCCUGAGAUGUUUUGUGACCUGGAUAUCAUUCCUGCACUCAUUCAUGGGGAUCUGUGGGCAGGAAAUGUAGCUGAGGAUGACUCUGGCCCAAUUCUCUUUGACCCUGCUUGUUUCUACGGCCAUUCAGAAUUUGAACUUGCAAUUGCUAUGAUGUUUGGUGGCUUUAGCAGCGCUUUCUUUUCUGCUUACCACAGCAAAAUCCCUAGGGCUCCAGGCUUUGAAAAGCGCAACAAUCUUUAUCAGUUAUUUAAUUAUAUUAACCACUGGAACCAUUUUGGGACAGGAUAUCGGGGAUCUACUCUUAAUGUAAUGCGAAAACUUUUAAAGUAAUCCACAAACACAGUAAUCCUGAAUAAGUGAUUUCUCCCUUUUGAUGUCAGAACAACAUCAAAUACAUUUCAAAGGUGAUGGGUAGCUACCUGGAAGUUACAAAAGGCAAGGGUUGAAGUGGCAUUUGUUCACAUUUGAUUCCUCACAAAAUGCUUGCAGUGGUUUUGUAAUUUUUGCAUCCUGCAAUUGUUAACCAGCUUAUUAAUAACCACUUUGAUAAGAUAGGGAAACAGUGUACCGUUUGUUAUCCCAGGGAUUGAAUUCUAUGUGCAUAUACAAGCUCCAUAAAACAUCUCAUCCACUGGAUAGCCCAGUAUUUCAUUUGGAGAUGGGUUUAGUUCAGUGAUGAAGCACAUGCUUUGCAUGCCUGGUUGAGUCCCUGGCAUCUUCAGUUGGGGCUAGGUAAGAACCCUGCCUGAAAUCCUGGGGAGCCGCUGCCAAUCAGUGUUGACAAUACUGUGGUAGAUGGAGCAAUGGUCUGAUUCAGGAUCAGGCAACUUCCUAUGUUCCAUUGUGGUUGGUUCUAUAGAUAGCAAUCCUGUCUCCCUUUAUUGGAAGCCACUCUUUAACCUGCACUGUCCUGGUGCUUUGACAGUUCCAGAAUAGUGUAAAUUCCCAAAAAAUUGCUGCAGAUAUGGAGCAUGAAAACUUGAGAGCCUAUUCAAACAUGUGUAAUGGCUUGUGUGCCUGUAAUAACUCCACCCCCGGCCCCUUCCACAAAUGCAGUAGCUCCUUGCAUUGCAUCAUAAACUGCUUUCGAAACUAUCCUAGAGUUCAAAAGCAAAACUGACAUUAGGGCCACCCACCCUGAUGCAAGGAAGCCCUUCUUUUACACAGAUGGCUUAGUAGUUACAAUCCUAUGCACACUUACCUGGGAGCACACUUACAGAUGAGAGUGGGAGUAAAAAUACAUAGGAUUGUUUUGUGAAUAUGAAUUAUUAUAAAACUAAUUUUUAUAGGCAACGUAAAGCUACAGUUGUUGGACUCUUGUAUUAUAAACAAAGUUUCAUCCUGUUUAUGUGUAGUAGGGUGACCAUAUUUUGGAAACCAAAAAGGAAGACAACAUGGCCGCCCCCAAGGGGGCGUUCCCACCAACAUGCCCAGCCCCAAAGGGGGCAUUCCCACCUAA